CCAACCAGCCCCAGCUCGGUCCCCAGCGUCGAUCUGCACCGUCCUGGGCUGGGAAUCUCCCAACACUGGAGCCAAGGGCCCAGGACAGCUCCCCCUGUCCGAGGGAGCCCAGCGCUACUCUGCGUAGGGAGUCCACUCCCCAGAAGGUGUGACCUGGAGGUUGGAGUCUUUAAUGCUAGCGAGAGGGGGUGUCUGAGCGCGCGGUGAGAUAAGGGACCAUGUGAUUCACCUGGGCACUGGGCUGGUGCAAGGAGGAGGGACCCAAGGGCAGGUGAGGCGAGGCACAGAGUGGAUACCUGUAGGAGGUGGUUGGAGCCAAAUAGAAGGAGGAAGAGGAGGAGGAGGAGGGUGCUGUGACGGGACGAAGCUCCCCGGCUGCCCAGGGACAAUGUCUGGUAAGAGGAAGAACUGGUCAGCACUGUCAAGCUUGGCAAGGCAAAGGACAUUGGAGGAUGAGGAGGAGCAGGAGCGAGAAAGACGGCGGCGGCAUCGAAAUCUGAGUUCAACCACAGAUGAUGAGGCCCCCAAGGUCACUCACAAUGGAGAUCAGCCAGCAGGAGAGAGGUUCCCAAGCCUGGAGGAAGCUGAGGCCCCAAAGAGUCAUUCCUCCAUCAAAGAUGAAGAAGAUGAGAAUUUCCAGGCAGUUCUAAGAACGAGGCAGGAACGGCGGCUCCGGCGGCAAGCCCUGGAGACUUCCCAGUCCACCAUUAAGGAGCACCCAGAGGUAGAGAAGAAAAAAGAUAGCGAGAGUGCAGGGUCAGCCACACAGGAGCCCCCAGUGCCACAGAAGGACGUGGUUCCUCCACCCAGAGGAAGACUGAGCCAGAAGCAGAGGGGACCUUGGGCCAGAGAUGAGAAGAGUUCAGAGGGAGAGACAAAGGACAUGAAGACAUUGGACCAAAGGACAGUCUCAGCCCCAGAAAGGACACCAGCCCAGGACCAGAUAGCUCCAGAGAAAAAAAUAGCUUCAGAAAAGACACCAGCACAGGACCAGAUAGCCCCAGAGAAAAAAUUAACUUCAGAGAAGCUAUCUGCUUCUGAGGAAGCAAUAUUCCCAGAAAAGACAUCAGUCCCUGAGGAAGCAUCGACCCCAAAGAAGGUGUUAGCUGGGGAGAAGAUAUUGACUUCAGUGAAGACAUCAGCCCGGGAGAAGGUAUUGGUUUCAGAAAAAACGUCAGUGUCUGAGGAAUCCUUAACCCCAAAGAAGUUAUCGACUCGGGAGAGGGCAUUGGCUUUUGAGAGGACAUCAACUCAGGAGAAAGCAUUGACCCCAGAGAAGGGGACAGUUCAGGAAAAAGUAACAGUCUCAAAGAAGCCCGGCCUGGAGCAGCCCCCAGUUCAGGCUCAAGAGCAAAAGGACUCUGAGAGACAUGUACCAGAAAAGAAAGAGCAAAAAAGAAGGGAGGCCUCGGAGACGUCCCCCUCUUCAGAGGGACCUGGGGAGGAGAGGAAGUCAGAACCUCAGGCAGUGGCUUCUCGCUUCCAGCCCUUCACCCUCCAGGUAAAGCUCCCAAGCAAAGAAGCAGGACCAGAAUUGACCUCUCCGAGUCAGAUCACCUACAGCAGUUCCCUCAGACGCUCCAGCCCCAGGACCAUCUCCUUUCGGAUGAACACCAGGAAAGAAAACCCAGAGACAACGUUUACCCGUAGUGCCAGCGUGAGGCUCCCAAGCAACACAGUCAAGUUAGGGGAGAAGUUGGAGAGAUACCACACAGCUAUACAGAGAGCAGAAUCUGUCAAGAGUCCAGGCUCAGCCCGGACUGAAAUCUUUGUGGCUCCUGUUGGGGUGGCCAGCAAGAGGAACCUCUUUGAGAAGGAGCAGGUCCAGAAUAGCAGGGCUGAGCCCGCUCUGAGCAAGAAGGAGGACCUGAGACUCUUAGGUGUGGUGUCUUCACAGCUCAGGCUGUGGGUCAGCAGAACCCGGGAUACUGGAGGAGACCAGGACUCCCAGAACACAAGGAAGGAGGCAACAUCUACCAAGGGGACCUCAUGGGGAAAGCAAGCCACCUCUUCCACAGAUACCCAGCUAUGACAGGACGUGCCCAGAUGGGAGGGCCUGGAUCUGCAGCCUACAUGCCAGGCCUGGUAUUGGUUAAUGCUGUCCUCACCUGUUACUGCUCCCUGCAAAGCUUCCUUUCUAGCCCCUGAACCUCAGAACUGACUGGGUCUCAGUCCCUGGAGCACCUAAGAAUACGUGAGACAAAUAUCACUGCCAAAAUGGGUGAAAAGGGAGAGUGAGCUGGAUACUCCUGGUGAAUCUCACCCAGCUCCUUCUUUGCUGAAGCCAUCAGGCCUAGGAACACAUUGACAUCUUUACAUUUUACCAUAGGACUCUGACACCUUGGGAAUACUGGACACGGACCAAAGAUUUUGUCACUCCACUCAAAUCAUCUCUCCAACUUAGCAAGAAAGAAAGAAACAAUCCUGCUCAUCCCUGUGGGAAGGGGAUAGUUAGAGAUAGCUAGAACAGCCCCAACAGGGGUUAGAUGAGUUGUUUCAGAGUCCUAUCUACAAAGAUUCUCUCAGUCCAGGCUGAUCAUGCCCAGUAGGGCCAACCCUCUGGAAGGUCUGCGUCCCUGGUAUUGCCUCUCAUCUCUGCAAAUAACUCUCUCUGCCUCUGAUUUACCUCUCUCCCUACAUCCCCCCACUGAAAACACUCCCCCUUUCCCUCACUGGCUCCUAAGACCAACCAUCCUGUCCACUCUUAUCUAUCCAGGGCCAAAUGGUGAGGGGUGGAAUUUUGACAUUUUGUUGUGCCCAGAUGCCUGUUCUUUGGUUUCUUCCCCAAAUCCAAGACAGCCCCUUGACACCCCUCCAGCUGCCCACUCUCCUCCUUCUCUUUCCCUAAUCUCCCCUGCCAAAAUCUGCUUUCAGAAGAGGACCUGAUAAAUGCAUUCACGUGAAGGUAUAAGUGACUGAUAGCAGCUUCAACUCUUCUCCCUCCCAGUGAAAUUUGGUUUUAAAUAGGGAGCAAAACUUUAAACUAUGAAGAUGAAACCAGGUGUGGAAGUCUUAUCAAUGCCCUUUAAAUACUGCCCAUUUCUGGUUCUCUCUUCAGUCAAAUGUAGGUUGGGCCCUUUCCCUUCCAUUGUCUGCUAUGAAGGGACCUGGAGGCCAGAGUCACUCUAUAGGGUCACCCCUGCCCACUCAGGAUACAAAGCUGAUGUUAUUUAAUGCUAGGUCUCUAUGACCUUUGUGAUGCUUGUUCACUUUGUGGAUUCUCCAGAGCUGGUGUUCACUGUCAACCAGCAAACUCCUAUUAACCUGAUACAUUAACCCCUGUGUGCUCAGGGAAUGCAAAAUCAUUUAGAAGCUUCAUUUCAAUUGCCCAUUUGCUGCCUUCUACAAAUCCCGUGGCAUCUUGCAGAUGUUUUGGCAUUAAUUUUGGGGUUAUCUGUGGUUUUAGAGCAUCCAAGUUCAUGUUCCUUUCUCUCUAUGGAAAAAUCAAGAGUUAAUAAUAACCCUUGGAUGCCUUGAAGGAGACUAGAUUGUCAAGGGUAAGAUGAGUGCUCAUGCUGGGUUUGGUAACUGGCCAGGAUGCUGGGUGACUCCUGAGAGCAGCUCAGAGCCCUGGCAGAAGCAGUCAGUCAAUAAACAUUUAUUAAGCACCCCCUCUAUGACAGGGACUGUGCCAAGCAGGGGCAGUUCAAUCAUUCAGUUUAUCCCCAGAUAUUUCUUUUGUGCCCAUUGUACUCCAGGACUGUCAGGGGGUAUGGGAGAAGGCGAGUUUAUUUAGAUCUAGACCGAGUCCUGCCUGGCCAGAGGAGUCUUCCUUGUUUCACUCUCAGAACUGACCUGGAUUAGUAGAGGACAUCUGAACCUUCCCCACCCGAAGUCAAGAUGCUGCUAAGGCCUUUAGGAGAGAUCAGAGGAUCAUGUAUUUCAAACUAGACAAGACCUUAGAAGUCAUCUAGUCUAAUUCCCUCAUUCUAUAGAUGAGGAGACUGAACCAAAGAGAUUGUAACUUGCCCCAAACCCAACAUUCUUAUUCCAUUGUAGCACAUUGCAGUGUGAUGAAGGUCCCUGCCUUAAGCUGGCUUCCAAAGCCCCUAAAGGUGUGUCCACAGGUCUCUGACAUACUGAUACAGGUGCAGGGAGCACAGAAGCAGGCAUGGGAACACUUACAAAGACAGCUAAAAUCUGCUCUUCCAUUCAAGGAGCUUUUCCUCUAGGGGAAGGAGAUGAGGCAUGGACAUAAAUAAAUAUAAUGAAAACUGAAAUAUGAUAAAUGCAUGAAAGAAUACAAAGUGCUGCGAGCUGAGAGGAGAGAGGUCUCUUCCAGCUGGGAGAUCAGGGAAGCCUUCAUGGAGGAGGCAGCAUUUGAAGUAGACCCCAAGCUUGAGCUGGUCUCAUGAGUCCUUUCUGGUCUGUUUUCCCUGACCCUCCUCUCCCCUCACUUGGCAGACCUGGAUGGAAACUGCCUGGUUCCUUCUUCCAAUCAUCCCAGAAUUCCUCUCAGAGUGUCUUUCCAGUGCUGAAAUAAAAUUGUUUCUGACUCCACAAUA